AAAAAACCACUCACAGAGGAGGGUUUUGUUUGUGUCCCAUCCCCUUCCUCUCAUUCUCUUUGGAAAAUUUGUGCGAUUUACCUUUGUCUCGUGAAAAUUUAACGGGCAGCUUCUGACUGACUUUUGCGAUAAGCUUUAAUCUCCUUCAUUUACGUUGUACUUGCGGGGGAGGGAAAACCCCGUUUUGAGCAUGUUGGAUAUUUAUUAAUCAUAGCAUGAAAAGGGAUGGCAAAUGAUACUCGGUCUAAUCGAAAAACUAAGGAUGAUGAAAGCAGUAAUUCAAAAGGGAAGCAAACUAGCGGGAAAGGAUUGUCUAGUUCGGCCCUAGAAUCUUCAGAUACAUCUACUUUAAGGAGAUCAGCAAGGGAAACAUUGUCAUCAAAGAAAAAUAUGACUUCAAGCCCUUCAAGUACCCGGAAGUCCGAGCGUCUUGAAAAGCGAACCUCAACCACUCCCCCAUCUCAGGGGAAAUCAGAAAAAGUGGAGAAGCAUAUGACACCAGUCCCUUUGAGGAGGUCAGAGAGGGGUAAGAAGCCCUCCUCAUCCAGUUCUUCAGGCUCAAAGAAGUCUGAUAAAAGCUCGAGCUCAUCAAAGAUAAAAUUGAAAAAAGAGAAAAAGGAGAAGAGUGUCAAACAGUUGACUAUGGAAACCAAAGAAGUUUGCAAUGAUAGCAAGAAAAAGGAUACUGUACCUCUUCAUGCACGUGUCUAUAGGGCAAUGUUCAAGCGACAACCUAAGAAGGUUAAAGUAGAAGAUCAUAAUAAGGAGCUGAAGAUGAGGGACAAGUCCUCUCAGGUUUGCAACAGUGAACACAAAGACGAGAGUCUCAAGAAAGUUAGCAGCAACCAGAAAGAUGAGAAUCUUAAGAAAGUUAAAAGCAAGCACAAAGAUGAGGGCCUUAAGAGAGUUAACAAAGAUGACACAAAUGUAAAUCUUAAGAAUGUUAAUGGCGAUGACAAACAUGAGAGGCUUAAGAAAGUUAUCAGCAACACUGGGAGCAGUGAAAGAAGGCAUGAGGAGUUGAGGGAUGAAGAGUUUCCAAGUUCCUUGGAAAUAACUGGGGAGGAGCCCAAUGCUGGUGUAAAUAGAUCUGCACAAGAGGCAUCAAGAGUUUGGGAGGCUAAUGGCCUUGAUGUUGGAGAUUCUAUUACUUUUUCUAAGAGUGGUGACACAGCCAUAGAGGCAAGUGAUGAUACUGAACAGGCACAGGUGGAUUGUUUAUCCAAAGAAAAAUCUCCUUCACCUGAGUUGCUAGAUUCUACGAUGGGAGGACCAACCUUAGAUGGUGUUAUUGGUACAGAGAGGUGUCAUGAACUCAGUCCUUUGAAAAGGAAAAGGAAGGAAGUGAAUGUGCAUCCUGAAUCAUCUUCUGUUUUUGCAAAUAAAAGUACAAGCACUGGAGAAGUUAUUACUUUACCAACAGAGUGUUCUGAUAGAUGUGGCACUUGUUUUAAGAAGCGAAGGCUUGAUCAUGAUUCAGCAGGGCAGGAAUGUUGCUCUUGUCUCCCAAAAUCAAAAGAAAAGUUGGAUGAGGGAUCGCGUGAUGCCUCUGUUGCCAAGGAUAGAGGGAAACUCGGAGCUGGUGUUACCACAGAAGUUAUUGCAAAGGUUGGGAACCAUAUGCAGCAAAAUGGAUCUUUUGUAGAUAUACCAGCUGAUGGCUUCCAAAAUACAUGUCUUAUCUGUAAGCUUGGUGGAAAGCUCUUGUGCUGUGAUGGAAUAGGGUGUAAAAGAAUUUACCAUCUAUCUUGUCUGGAUCCUCCUCUGGAGUAUGUUCCUCUUGGAGCUUGGUAUUGUAUUCCAUGUGUUAGGAAGAAAAUAGAAUCAGGUGUACAUUCAUUGUCAAAAGGAAUAGAGUCGCUUUGGGAUGUUAGAGAAGAGGUAUCAGAUGCUGAUGGAUUGAGAAAGCAGAAGAAAUACUUUGUAAAAUACAGAGGUCUUGCCCAUGUUCACAAUCGUUGGGUCCCAGAAAGUCAACUACUUUGUGAAGCUCCAUCCCUUGUUUCUAAAUUCAACCGGAGAAACCAGGUUGCCAGGUGGAAGGUAGAAUGGACUUUGCCUCAUCGUUUGCUACAAAAAAGAUCCUUAGUUUCUCUUAGGCAGUAUGAAAAGAACUUUAAUGAGCAUGAUGGCAGUGGUCUGGAUUGCCACUUUGAGUGGCUUGUGAAAUGGCGUGGUCUUGAUUAUGAGCACUCUACGUGGGAGUUAGAGACUGAACCUUUUAUCAAAUCUCUGGAGGGCCAGAGUCUUAUAAGAGACUAUGAAAAUCGUUGCAAUAAGGCAAAGAUAGUUUCUUGUUUAUCUAGUGUUGAAAAGAAAACUGAGAAAGGUUUCCCCAUCAAAUUAGAUCAUUUGUUGGCCGGGGGUUCAUCUGUGCCCAAAAAUAAUCUAGACUUUGUUAACAAGCUUCGUGAAUAUUGGCACAAGGGCCACAAUGCUGUUGUUUUUGAUGAUCAGGAAAGAAUUGUGAAGGUGAUUUUAUUCAUAUUAUCAUUGUUAUCAGAUGUCUCUCGGCCUUUUCUUAUCAUCUCAACCUCUACUUUGCUGCUAUCAUGGGAGGAUGAGUUUUCACGUUUGGCACCAUCAACUGAUGUUGUAGUUUACAAUGGAAGCAAAGAAAUACGAACAAGUGUGAGGACAUUAGAAUUUUAUGAGGAAGGAGGAUGCAUAAUGUUUCAAGCACUUAUAACCUCUCCAGAAAUUGUUAUUGAGGAUCUAAAUGUGUUUGAGAGCAUAGGAUGGGAAGCAAUAAUAGUUGAUGAGUGUCAACGUUCCAAGAUUUCUUCUCAUUUUGAACAAAUUAAGAUGCUAAUUACUGAUAUGAGACUUCUCCUUGUCAGCGGUCAACUAAAGGAUACAAUAGCUGAGUACCUUAAUAUGCUUUCUGUCCUGGAUUAUCAACCUGACAAAGGUUCACUUAUUAAUAAUGAGGGCUUGACAACAGAUUCAGUUGAUGAUAUUAGUAGUCUGAAAGAGAAAUUGUCAAAGUAUGUUGCAUAUGGUGGCAAGUUGGAUUCUUCUAGGUUUGUGGAGUUCUGGGUCCCUGUACAGAUUUCCAAUGUGCAGCUUGAACAAUAUUGUGCUACUUUGCUGUCAAACUCUUUGUCACUUUGCUCACCUUUGAAGAAUGAUCCUGUUGGAGCCCUCCGUGAUAUUCUUAUUUCUAUGCGGAAGUGCUGUGAUCAUCCCUAUGUUUUGGAUCCAUCCCUGCGAAGUUCGCUCCUUAAUGGCCUUCAGGUGACUGAGUUUCUAGAUGUAGAAAUAAAAGCAAGUGGCAAGCUACAACUUCUUGACACAAUGCUCUCAGAAAUGAAGAAUCAAGCUUUAAGAGUCCUGAUUCUUUUCCAGUCAAGUUGUGGUCCUGGGAAGAAUACCAUCACACUUGGAGAUAUUUUGGAUGACUAUGUACGACAAAGAUUUGGUCCUGAUUCUUAUGAACGUGUUGAUGGCAAUGUCAUCCCUUCAAAAAAACAGGCUUCUAUGAAUAACUUUAAUAAGAAGAGUGAGAGAUUUGUGUUCUUAUUAGAAACCCGUGCUUGUCUUCCCAGCAUCAAACUGUCUUCAGUUGAUAUGGUCAUCAUAUUUGACAGUGACUGGAGUCCAGUGAAUGAUUUACGAGCCUUGCAAAAGAUAACACUUGAAUCACAGUUUGAACAAAUAAAAGUGUUACGUCUAUAUUCAUCUUUUACAGUGGAAGAAAAGGCUCUGAUCCUGGCAAAGCAAGGUAGAACUCCUGAUGGCUAUUUGCAAAAUAUGAGCCGGAGUUCUAGUCAUGCGUUACUUAUGUGGGGAGCUUCAUAUCUAUUCAAUAGAUUGGUUGAAUAUCAUGGUAAUGAUUCACUAAGAUCCAGUUCAAGUGACAUCUUCGAGAAAUCACUUUUGAAAAAUGUGACCCAGGAAUUUUUAACCAUGCUAACUAAAACCGGUGAGGAUAAUGAUGGGAGCAAAUUGAAUGUAAUUCUGAAAGUCAAACAGACUAGGGGAACUUACAGUACAACUUUUCCAUUGUUUGGUGAAUCAAAAAUUGAAGUAAUAGAUGAAGGGGCACCCCACAUGUUUUGGAUGAAACUAUUGGAAGGUAGAAGUCCAUGCUGGAAAUAUUCUUUUGUUUCAUCUCAGAGGAGCCGGAAAAGGGUUCAAUAUUUUGAUGAUUCACAAAAUAAAUCAGAGGGUAAGAGUAGUGAAGUUGUAAAGAAGCACAAGAAGGUGGCUGACAAUCCUGGUGAUCCAUCCUCCAUGAAACCUGGAUUAGGAGGAAAAAAAGUUUCGAGGAAUAAUGAAGGAACAUCAGGAACUCCAGCACUGAGCAAAACAAUCGCUUUGAAGCAUGCUUUCCCUUCAUCUUGUUUGGUUAAUAAUAUCUCAAGAAGUCAAAGAGAAUUGUAUUACUCACAGAAGAAUCUUCAUCUUCUUUUGAAGGCAGAGAUUGCAAAACUUUGUGAAGUUCUACGACUCAGAGAGGAUGUCAAGGAUACGGUUGAAAAGUUUCUUGAAUAUUUUAUGAUUAAUCAUCGUGUCAGUAGAGAACCAGAAACCAUUUUGCAGGCUUUUCAGAUAUCUGUGUGUUGGACUGCAGCUUCUUUACAGAAGCAGAAAAUUAGUCACAAAGAGUCCUUUGCUGUUGCCAAACAGCAACUAAAUCUUGAAUGCAAGAAAGAAGAUGCAGAAUUAUCUUUUUUAAAGUUGCAGUGUCUGAAGAAAUUGUUCUUAUUCCAACUGGAGAAGUUAAAGGUGGCAGACUGUUCUAAAGUUUCUGAAAUGUCCAAUAAUGAUAUUGGUAGCGAUCAUUUGAAUGCAAGUCUGUCACAAACUGAAACCCCUGACUUGCAAAAGGUUAAAGUAGAGGUUGAGCACUGGUCAACGGCUCAAGAAUGCUCUGACAAACAGGACGUUUACAAGGUGGCCCAGAUAGAUUUCUCAAAAUGCAUUAACAAAAUUCAGAAAAAAUUCCAAAAGCAGAUGGCAAAGCUCUUUCAGAAGCACCAAAAAGAAAUGGAGGACAUUCACCAACAGUAUGAGGAAGAAAAAGCAAACUUGGAAAAUAAGAAAAGAACAGAAACGGCUGUUAUAUUUCGGUUACAUACCCAUAGUAAUAGUUCAAUGAAGAUAGAUAGGCUUAAGAUAUUGGAUAAUGAAUAUGCUACACAAUUUGAAGACCUUAGAAGCGAGAAAGAUACAAAACUUAAAAAUCUCGAGGAAAUGAAAAUCACUGCUAUGAAAAUGGUUAAAGGGAAAGAAGCUAGUUGGGUGGAAGAAUUAAAGUCUUGGGUAGAAGUUGAAUUGUCAAAUAUGCCACUUUUUAAUGAUUUUGAGCAUGAUGUGCAAAAUAUGCUAACUAGCCAACAAAUAAAAGCUCAUGAUAUUCUGGAGAAUAUCAUCCCUACUUCUAGUCAUCUUUCAGGAGAGAAGAAUCCCAACGAUCUUGUGCCCAUCACACUGGUGGGUGGGGUGGAAUCACCUGGAGUUCAUCAAACUGUGCCCUAUGAAGCUGCAGUUUGUAGCCACCCUAUUGAGUCUGGAGGUCCAGUUGGGGCCUGUAGGGUAAUUGACAAAAUUGAUACCAUAGCUUCUGAGAGAGCAUCAGUUUCUGGUUUCAAGGAACACAUACAUUCUGGCAAUUUGGUUGACAAUCAGGAAAAAGUAGUGUCUAUGAAUUCUUGUUCCAAUCAACAGGUUCCUGAUCGAGCCAUGUUAAGCAUGCCAGGUAGACAGAUUCGAUUGGAAGUUACUGAAACUGUUAGUUCUAGUGACAACCCAGGGGAUGGCCAUCCGGCAUUUCACUCAUCUGCAGAACAGAUAUGUGAUAGGUUUCCUUUAAAUCCCGAGGGGGAGCUUCUGAUGGGAAUGACCAAGACUGCUUCCAGUAAUAAUCCUGAGAAUGUUGUAUUAAUGAAUGCACCAUCAUUAGAUGAACAAAUUAAUGAAGGAGCCAUAGCUAGCAUGACCAGCACAGAGGUUUUAUUGAAAAUCCCUGAGGCAGGGGCUCCUUUAUCUGAAGAACAGGCUCCAAAUACGGCUGCAUUAACUAUACCUCAGGCAGGGGCUCCAGUAGUAGUGCCUGAAAAUGUCAGUUCCAGUGAUGGUACAGAGACUGUUGUCUCCAUCAAUCUGUCUUCUUCUAGAGUCAAAAUUCCCAAUGCCAGUUUAUCCAUGCCUGAUGUAGAGGUUCUGUUGGGGGUUCCUGAAAGUUCUCCUGACAAAGUGGUGGAAGGUAGUAAUACCAAUGAAGAGAAUGAUGAAUUGCCUGCAAUGUCCUUGAAUAAUGCUACUGAACUCAAGCAAACUGAUGGAGUGAGUUGUAAUAUCAAUGUGAAUUUGCAUUUGCAUGAUCUUUCUCAUCUUAACUCACCUUCAGUGCAGACUCCAUCUACCACAUCUCAAGAUGGUCCAGUACCACCAAAUCAGUCUACAUGUUCUGAAGUCAUCGCAUCAACGGUAAUACAAAAUGGAGAUGCAGCACCUGGUGAUAUGCAGAUCCCUUCCGGACAGUUUGAACCUUCUCUAUCCCAUCUAGUUGAUGAUGUAGCAUCUAAUCCAUCUAAUCAUGCGGCAACCGCUGAAAUGCAGAUUCCAUCCCAACAAUUUGAACCUUCUCAAUCUCUUCCAGUUGAUGAUGUAGCAUCUGAUCCAUCUAAUCAUGCAGCAGCUGCUGAAAGGCUGAUUCCUUCCCAACAAUUUGAACUUUCUCAAUGCUGUCCUCAUGAUAAUGUAGAAUCUGGUCCAUCUAAUCAUGAGACACCAGCCUCGGAGCCUGUAGCACAACUGCAGGUAUUGCCAUCCACAGAUGUACUAUCUGGCCAUAAUCCCUCUCAUUUGCCUUCAGCUAGUGGAGUAGGAGCUCAGCCAAGCAAUGACCACUGCAUCACCAUUCAAAGUGCUCAGGCACAGAACAAUGUCGAGCUUUCAAAUCAAGCUGUCUUGCAUCCCAGUACUGUUUUUGCGCCAACUCCUAUUGUUGGUCCUACAGAUGGAUUGGGAACUAAUGAAAGUGACACAAACACAGCAUCAAUUCCUUCUGCACAUAGUAAUCAUACUGCACCAAAUUUAGCCCCAGUAACAUCCUGGUCACCUCUGCACUUAUAUCAUGAUCCUCUUCAGAAGGAAUUGGAAAGAAUUAGCAGAGAGAAUGACAAAACCAUGAAGAUCCAUGAAGAAACUAAGCUUCGGAUGAAAUCUGAUUGUGAGCGAGAGAUAGAGGAGGCCGUCACUCAAAUUCGUAGGAAGUUUGAGAUUAAACUUAAGGAAACUGAGGCCGAAUUUCAGAGUAAAAAGAGGGAGCUAGAUGCACAUUACCAUGAAGUUCUGAUGAAUAAGAUCUUGGCUGAGGCUUUCAAAUCCAAGUGUAUGGACUUGAAAGCAUCCAGUACUGGAAUGCAACAAGAGUUAACUUCCAGUUUCAUUCACCGUCUUGCACAGCUAUCAUCACAACAAUCCACGGCUCAAAGGCCAUCUGUUUUGGCUGGUUCUUUAUCUGGCCCCUUGGCAACUACUUUGGCAUCUACUACUACAACUCCUUCUACCCUGCUGUCUACAUCUCUUCCGUCUGCAGCUAGUCCACAUGCUGCAGUUCCACCAUUGCAGCCUGUUCACCAUCCAUCGGCGCUUUUCUCAAGUGGUGCAACGAGACCACCUCACAUCAGCUCCAUAAAUUCUCCUUCUGGAAACCAAGUUGGUGGUGGAAUACGUGCUCCUGCCCCACAUUUACAACCUUUUAGACCUUCGUUGCCCAUAUCUUCAACCAGUCUUCCAUCUUCUAGUAUGUUACCAAGUCAACAGAUACCAAUUAACCCUCCUGCAACUUCUCUCUCACUUCCUCAGUAUCCUUCUCGACCACCACCACCACCACCACCCACUUUCCAUCCCAGUACUUACAGUACAGCACUCCUACCUGAAACUGCCCCGUCUCUUCACAAUGCUUCUCUCUCUGCCCUAGAGUUACUUAGAGAUUUUGAUUCUAGGUCUGGGGCAAAUGCAAUUCCACCAAGCAUUUUGCCCCCACUAUCAGAUCUGGCUUCAUCUGCCCUUCAGAGUGGUAUAAGGGCUAGCUUGGGACAGGUGAGUGGAGCAGCUGACAUUGUUUGUUUAUCGGACGAUGAAUGACCAGUCAUUCAAUAUUACUUAGUUUUUUUCAAUCUUUCAACAUAGCUCCACCAUGCUGAUCCCCUGAAGAAUGUGUAUAUUUCAAUAACUGUAGUUAUGUAAUUAUGUAAUCUAAAAGAAAAAAAGGCCAUUUUUCACAUUAGUUUCUUUUGCCUGUUUUGAAUCCAAUCACAUGUCAAAUGGAGCCGAGUACACUUGACAUUAACACGAAAUCUCAAUGAUUGUAGUUGUAA